AUGAAUGCCUGGCUUGCCGAUGCCUCGAAUAUUCCUGGCCAGGAUAAUGGCGCCUUUCACCCAUCCACUAUAGAUCCUUCCACUGCCUUCUUACAUGGCUCCCCCACCUCCCAGGACCCAUCCCAAUUCCAGCGCAUGUUCAACAAUGGUGUGGCGCGGAACGCUUCUCCAGGCUUCCACAACCCAAACCAAGUGAUUCCGUCCAAGCGAGCGCGACCCGAAGAUGGCAUGCCCAUGUCACCAAGGCCAGCUCCAGGCGGCGUGACGGGAUCGCGAUCCCAGACUCCUCACCAGGUGCCUUUCCCAGGGUACCAGGGAUCGACCAAUGGCAACCCGCAAUUCCCACAGCCUCCAACGCCAUAUCAACACCUCCAACAAGGGGCAUCUCCAAAUGUAACACAGUCACCCAUUAUGCCGGACUUUGAUCAGCAAAGCGCUCGUAUGGGGACAGCUUCUCCGAGCCCCUUCUCACCCGCCGGUCCGCACCCUGGACCUCAGAUGUCCCCAUCACAAUCAGAUCACGGUAGCCGCGUGAAUACGCCGCAAAAUGCCAACUUUAUGCAAGCGCAGCAGUUUGGUGGCAUGCCACAGGGCGUUGGGAUGACAUCGGGGGCCCCUCAGCCCUCAAUGCAGGCGCCGCAAUUCAGUGGCAUGCAACAAAUGCCCCAGGGCUAUCACCAAGCUUUGGCAAACCAGCAGCAGCGACUCCAUGCCAUGCAGCAGCAGACAAGGAUGAAUCCCAAUUCUGCAAUGGCUGGACGGCCGGUUCCUGGGGGCAUGAACCCGAUGGCCAACACUCAGCAACAAGCCAUGGGGGGAAUGAGACAGAUGCCACCAAACAUGCAAUCAAACAUGCCCAAACCUAGUAGCCCGGAAGGAUUCCUGCGGUCAUUGCAGAAGUUCAUGAUGAGCCAAAAUCUUCCUAUGGACCCAAAUCCUACAGUAGCUGGUCGUCCGAUCAACCUCGUUCAACUGUAUGCUACCGUGAUGAAGAUGGGAGGUUCGAAAAAGAUUACAACAACGAACAUGUGGCCAGCAGUCGCACAUCAGUUGCAAUUCCCCCAAAUGCAAUACCCUAUGGCCGCCCAGGAGAUUCAAGCUCAUCACUCAAGGAAUUUGGCUCCAUACGAGCAAGCUUUCAUCAAUUCACAACAAAAGCAAAUGGCGGACCACAUGCAGCAGCAACAGCAGCAGCAGCAGCAAGGCGGGAUACCACGACAAACUAGUCACUUCCAGUCUCCUUCGGUGAAGCCCAGCCCAGGCUUUGAGCAAGCUCAGGCAAUAGCACAAUCACCCCAGAAUAACACGCCAGCUCAUAAUAAUAUCCCAGGGAACGCAGCGAAUGGGUUUGCUACGCCGACGCACGCGCGAAGCCAAAGCAGACCGGCUCAGGCUGGGCAUCGCCCAAGCAUCUCUAGAGCAUCUCAACCACCGGCCCAACCGACUGAAACCGCCACUGGACAGCUCGCAGCCCCAUCCCCUUCGCAAUCUGGCAAAGGUCUUACGCCGGUUGCGAGCCAACAACAGCCAGGACAACCAGAACAAAAGCCUGACCAGUUAGUCAAACGACCUAUUGGAGAAACAUUCAAACCAAUGGUCUUGACAGGCAGUCGUUUCCAUGGGCCUAUUGUGGUUGACGAAAUGUAUCAGAUUGGAGAGGAUAUCACGAGGCUAAAGCCAGACGUGCCAAGUUUUGCAGAAUUAGGAAUUGUUGACAUCCACGCGCUGACGAUGGCGCUCAAGUCCGGGAUCUACGCCGAGAUCCGAGUUGCCCUUGAUACCCUUACUACGCUUUCUGGUGAACCAUCCGUUCAAAUAUCUUUGGAGAACUGCGAUGACUUGGUAGAGAGCCUGGUUGACUGUGCUGAAGACCAGGCCGACCUGCUAGCGGAACAUACCUCAGAAGAGUCCGACACUAUGCGUUUGCGCUCCUAUGAUGAAGUCACAAGAGACUGCCAAUCUGAAAACACAUCACUUGCAGAUGUUCCCCCAUUUGGAAGCCUUGAGUACGAAUUGGACCGGGCUGUGGAUCGACUCAUUUGUGUAACAACGAUCCUGCGAAACUUCUCGUUCAGCGAGACAAAUUUCCCCUCCCUUGGUAUCCCUCCUGUCGCUGAGUUGUUUUCUGCUGUGUUCCGUUACAUGGGAACUCGGAAGAUGUUCUUGCGGACAAGCCACAACACGUUGGACUUUAUGAAGGAUGCAGUUAUCUUGCUAAGUAACCUGGCACAUGUUGUUCAGAUUCCCGGCAAGGAGGAGGCAUUGAGCCUGUUGAAUUUUCUAUUGGCCUUUUCACCGGAACCAGAACCCACCUCACCUUCUGGGAAGGUGAUGUUCACCGCAUUCAACUCUUCUGUUGAUCGAUACACUCCAGCUGCCGUAGACGGCCUGGCCAAGAUGCUGGCUAGAGACGACCCGAACCGCACUUUCUUCAAAGCCAUCUUCUCUGGCGACGGCUCUGCACUUCCCCAGCCUGAAUUGCUAACACGCGCAUUUGGCCUCGCCAUCUCCUGUGUCCCCGACAAAAAGCCCAUGGCUGUCGUGGAUGCACGCAAAGUAUUCUUAAUGCAAGGCCUUUUGUCGGCCGAUGUCCUCACCACGUUCGCCGAUGGCACCCUUGCCAAAGCAUGGCUUGAGUCAGUCGAUGGGUUUGCUGUCCAUCUCCUACGGCUUUCCUGCGCACUGUGCACAGAACGCAUCCCACAGAUCAACAUGCGACAAAGGAGUCAGGCUGAAGCCGACGCAUAUGCCUUCAGCUCAAUCGUAAAUCGAGGCCUGGGAAUUCUCCGCCGACUCGCCGAAAAGUCAAAGCAAGUCGAUAAUGCCUCUCCUCUCAAUAUACCAUCGGGAAUUCUUCCCAGAAAAGAGAGCCUGCUUGGUGCACUGCUCCUCCCCAACAUCGAUGGUAAUGUUGUUCGUCAACUACUUACUUACGCUCGGUUGGCCGAAUAA